CUUUUUUAUCUUUUUCUUUUUUUGUUUAUUUAUAUAAAUGAGUUUAACCUCUAGCGCCACACCUUUUGAGUGGUUACCGAUGCCUAGCGGCAUUUCACUGACAGGACAUUCUUUUACGGACGACUUAUUAAAACAAUUUGAUAAUAGACGAAGGUCGCUUAUAGACGAUAAUGAUGACGUUAUAUCGAUACCAAAGUCUGUAGAACAUAGCAUUAUUGUCGCGUCGUUGCCUAUAGUUGAAUCUCGUGCAUCAUCCACAUCGUCGAUACAAGCAGUAGCAAGCGAUGAUACAGCAAGCAAACAAUCAGAGAAACCGAGAGAUUUACAAAGAAAAUCAUCUGUACAUUUAAGGAAUAAAUUUAAUGAUGGGUUUCACCAUCAUCCACAAACAGAGCAACAAAUAGAGCAACCUCGUGCAUCAACGCUUUUUAAUAGCUGGACCCUUAAACGAAAGAAGAAAUUCCACCAUGUACCUACACAAGAUAUCACAUUCAAUCAGUCAGAAGAUGAACCACUUUCGAAAAUUGCCAUCCAUACUACGAUUCAUAUGAACCCAGUCAAUCAUCAACCAGCGGCCAGCGUGAUACAGCCACCUGUAAUCACUCAGUAUCCACCCAAGCCAUUAAAGUAUUCACCUGUAGAACCCCUACCCACAUAUGCAGGAACAGAUACAGACACCUCACAUACAACUAAUACUCGACGAAAAACGCUGCAACGAUUAUCCCUUCCUUUAUUAAAGCUGACCGCUUCCUCACAACCCGCACGAACCAUACAGCGAAGGAGAUCAGAUUCGGAUUUAUUAAAUCAACCAACACCACCCGUAACAAAAAACUUAUUUCGUUCUAUCAGUAAACGAUGGAGUAAACUGAUAUGUACCUGUAAAAACAGAGGCAUCAGAAAAAAGUAAAACACCCACUCUAUGUUAAACUAUGCAAAAAUAUAUGUCACAAAUAACUUAUUUAAUACAAACGUCCUUCAUUUAUCCUUCCU